UUCAGGAGGAGCUGCAAGCAGAGCAGUCUCCCCGGGCACUCUUCUCUGGCGAGCUCACUGCUGUCCUCUCUCCCUCUCUCACUCCGCCACUGGCCUCUUUUCAGAUUCUUUCCCCUUCGGCUCUCUCCCUCGUUUCUUUUUCAUCCACGUCUCGCCCCUGUGGAUUUCUCGCUCCGGGCAGCGGCUCUGUCGUGACUCGCCGGCUGCCACUGCAAGAGAAGGAGAGAACAGGAGGAAGAAGAGAAGGAGAGACAGACCAAUCGAUUACUCUGAUACAUAAGGAAAAGCACUAACAGAGGAAAGGCGAGGCAGUAGCAGCAUUUUUCUUCUCUGUUUUGGAGGAUUUUCUGUCACUUGCAUGGGAGUCUUCUGAAGCAUUUGAACCACGUCCUUCCUUUGGAAAGAGAGGACAGAUAAUUGAGCGGACAGCUGGUGCAGUAUUGACACAUCCAGGACUCUUCUUUACACUCCUCUUCAUCCAAAAACUGUGAAACAGUUUGGACUCAGGAGGAAGAACUCUUUCGAAGAAGAAGUCCAAUGUUUGUCAGAUAAUUUAACUUCAUUCUGAAUGAUAAUGCUAGACACCAACCACUGCCUGUCCUUUGAACCCUCCCCUCCGGGUUCUCCUCCAAUGGGAGAUGACAUGGAGAAGGCAGGACUGACGAUGGAUCAUGACAGACAUGUCUAUCACAGCCUCAAAGAAGUCCUCCAGCUCAAACUCCUGCAGAGACGCACACGAGAGGAACUGGUCAGCCAAGGGAUCAUGCCACCACUGAAGAGCCCGGCAGCCUUUCACGAACAGCGGAGGAGUCUGGAGCGAGCAAGGACUGAGGAUUAUCUGAAGAGGAAGAUUCGGAGUCGACCUGAGCGCUCUGAACUUGUCAGGAUGCACAUUUUGGAGGAGACAUCCGCCGAGCCCUCCCUACAGGCCAAACAGCUGCAGCUGAAGAGAGCACGACUAGCCGACGACCUCAACGACAAGAUCUCCCACAGACCAGGUCCUAUCGAGCUGGUUCACAAGAACAUCCUGUCUGUCGCUUGCCCUGUGCACUCACCACUGGAUUCUCCAAAGGGAGCUGAAGGAGAGAGUUCAUCUUUAGAUGAAGACAGCAGUGAUGCACUGUCACCGGACCAGCUGACCAAUCACGACUCUCCUGUUAGUGCUGUCCCUCAGCUGUCUCCACCUGAACCACUUACUCAGAACGGGGACGUUUCCCUCUCACAGUUCCUCACACAGCGCCCUCCUCCACCUCCCCCACCUCCUCCUCCCCAGGUGAAUGGGUCAGACUCCUCUCCGUUCACAAAAAUGACGAAUGGGACAUCAGUGACCAUAGCGAACUCCCGCCCUUCUAGUGGACAGGUCAAGGUGCAAAAACAUCAGUCUCAGUCGAAGUCGAGUUCAGACCGUCCUCCACAGAGACCCAAGAAAGCAAAGGACAGCAAACCCAAGGUGAAGAAGCUGAAGUACCACCAGUACAUCCCACCAGAUCAGAAAGCGGACAAAGAGCGUCCACCUCAGAUGGACUCAUCCUACGCAAAGCUCCUCCAGCAGCAGCAGCUCUUCUUACAGCUGCAGAUCCUCAGCCAGCAACAGCAGCACUACAACUACCACACCAUCCUGCCUGCCCCGCCCAAGCCACCAACUGAGCAGCCUCCCACGACAACUUCAGGCCCAUCCCCCUCCCGCAAUGUCCCUACAACAACCACCCCCGCCGCUUCCAGUCAGAGUGGGAGUGCCCGUCAGAGCCAAACUGCAGUGGGUGGAGGCAAACCUGGCACCCUGCCAGCCAACCUGGAUGAGUUCAAGGUUGCGGAGCUGAAACAGGAACUGAAACUGCGCGGUCUGACCGUCUCAGGCACCAAAAACGAUCUCAUUGAGAGGCUCCGCAACUAUCAGGAGCAAAAUGGCAACAACGCAGCAGUAGUGAAAAACGGCACAUUGCAGCCCGGCCAUCAGGCCACAACCUCGGCUGCCAGCACCAUCGCUUCCUCUCCGACCACAUCCACCACGCCUGAGCACCAACCAGGAGAGGGAGGGUUUAAGCUAAAUCUGUCAUCACUGGCGCAAGUGGUUCCAGGGCGUGUCAUGAGGUUUGGCAGCACAAGCUCCAGCCCUCCAGUGUCACCUACGCCAUCUGAGAGGUCGCUGGCUGGCAUGAGUCCUGAUGAGACCAGCUGUAACGGAGACAUGUUUGGGGAGAUGGUGAGCUCACCCCUCACCCAGCUCACUCUACACCCAUCUCCUCAGCACCCACCCGGCGCAACCCCGCUCUCACAGUCUCUGUCCAACGUCAAAGAAGAGACGCAGAGCUCCUGUAGCCUCUCCAGGCCUCCACCCUCCACGUGUCAGCCUCCAGAGCCUCAGCCUAGUGUUGCAAUGGACACAAUGGACAAGGACCAGAUGCUGCAGGAGAAGGAUAAACAAAUCGAGGAGUUAACCCGGAUGCUGCGGCAGAAGCAGAGGCUGGUGGAGACGCUCAGGUCACAGCUAGAGCAGGGCAAGAUGGGGAGUGGAAUCGUGCUAGUAGGAGGGGAAAAGAGCAAAACAUCCACAGAGAUUAAACUCCAAACUCUGAUAAAGGCCUCUGCCAUUCAGCCCCCUGUUCUCCCUAACGGCAUCUUGUUGAAGGUGAAGAAGGAGACAGAGCCUGAGGAGGGGAUGGAGGGAGUGACAGAGGAGGCCCAGGCGAAGAAAUCAGAGCAGCCCAUGCAGUGCUCUCAAGAGACCCUCGUCCGGCUGCAGCAGAUCCAUCGGCUGCAAGUCCAACAGUCAGAGCAGCAGAAACAGACGCUGCAGCAGAAUCCCACACAGAAAGUAGCAGAGGCAAAGUCAACUCCUCAAAAGCUCCAACAGCAGAAGAAAGAUGCACAGAUCCUGCUCCAUCAGCAGCAGCAGCUGCAGCAGCUCAUCAUCCAGCAGACCCAACAGAAACAGCUGCAGGCCCAGCAGAAGCUGGCGCAGCAGAAACUGGCCCAGCAGAAACUGAGUCAGCAGAAGCUUCUGCAGCAAAACCAGCUCAAACAGACUCAAGGGCAGCUCCAACAGAACCAGCAAAAGAACCAGGUGCAGCUGAAGCAGGUUCAGGUGCAGAUCCAGAAACCUGCAGUGAGCACAGUGCAGCAGAGGAAGCAGCUGAAGGCUCAGCAGAGGCUGCAGCAGAAGCAGCAGACUACAGCAGUCACAACACAACAGGUGACCCCAGUCGUCAUCAACCAACAGAACGGCACUCAGAUCCACACCCAGGCCAUUUCUCUGGACCUUCUCAAGGCAAACGGUGCGCCUACGCUUGUCACAGACAGCAACGGCAACCAUUACCUUAUCGCCCUCACCAGUAACACGACAGAUGGACAGAACGGAGUGUCUUCAUUGGCCAAAACCAACGGACGCAUCACAUUACAGAGAUUACAGUCGACUCCAAGUAAACUGCCCAGCACUGAGAGCCAAUCAAAAGAGCAGCCAGAGGCCCAGCCGGUGAACCAGCCAAUCAAAAAGGGACAGAAGGCAGGGCUUCACCUGGACACCAAUGGCGUGCCCCAGCCCAGCCAGCCGGUCACCGCCCCGCCCAAUCUGCAGCCUUUCUUUGACGACGUGUCAGUCAGUGAAACCCAAAGCAGCUUAAUCUCGUCUCUAAAGAGACAGGAGGUGUGUCCGCCUUACGACCGGCACACACUGUUCACCCCUCCCUCUCCCAAACCCAACACCUCCCUUCCUGCUCAGCGCUCUAAACAGGAAAAUGGUGUCAACAGUCAGCAGAUGGACGACCUGUUCGACAUCCUGCUUAAGAGCGGAGAAAUCCCCGGCUUCAAGUCUAACCCAGACCCUUCCCUCACUCCACUCUCUGACCCUCCCUCGCCAUCCUCUCCUCCCUCUCCCCUGCACCUCUCCCCUACCACCCCUACACAGCCCCUAAUCUCCCCACAGCCCUCUGUGGGCGAGUCUAGCACUGGCAGCGUACGCCUGGAGGACUUCCUGGAGAGCACAACAGGCGCCCCGCUUCUUGGCGUGGAGCCCGACGGCGGCCUGACGCUGAUUGACGAACUCCACAACCAGAUGCUGAGCACGCCCAGCAUCCUGGACCACCCCCCCUCCCCCAUGGACACGUCCGACCUGGGCUUCUCCCCUCACUCUGCAGGGCUGGACUUUGGCGACCCCACUUUGGACACCAUGGACUGGCUGGAUAUCUCCAUGGUGGGCAGCAGUAGCGUAGGGACUGGGGGCAGCGGAGGGGGGAGAGGAGGUGGUGGAGGGCGAGGGGGUUCUGGUGAUGGAGAUGGAGGGACAAGCCUGGCCCCGUUGGCCCCUCACACGCCACCCAGUGUCUUCUCAGCCGACUUUCUGGACAGCACGGACCUGCAGCUGCACUGGGAGUCGUGUCUGUAGCCCUGCGUGUGGACUGACAGGCGCUUGCUCUCAAUGUGUACAGGCUGCGUCUUUAUUUCAUGCACAUACUGAAACCUUUUCUAUGCUGUCUCUACCACUGCGGGGGUCACUGGCACAUGCAAACACACACAUUUACACAGUUUGCUCUGUAUUUUACUGGUUGUUACUGACUGCAGGAUGAGAACAAAACAUAGAAAUUGAAUUGAAGAAAGGACUUGCUCUUGUUGGAACUGAAGUGGACUUUUUGAAUUUAGUUCUAUGAGGAUCCACCCAGGAGAUGGUUCUCAUUCAAGCUGGUUAAAUCCCACUUCCUGCUUCCUGAGCUGCAUUUUCCGCAGGUUAAAGGGAACCAGCAGAACUUCAUGUCACUGUAAUAAAAACUCCUGGAAACGGUUUGACAGGUUCGAGCUGAGGAUGGACCGUCAGUGACGUUCUCUCAGGCUCCUCCAGAUAUCCGAGUGCGUGUGUCAGUGCCUCCUAAACUUUGCACUUAUGCUGAAUCUGAUUGGUUAGAAGGGCGUGUUCAGGUCACAAUCUUAACGCCGCCUGGUGAGGCUGAGGGAGAGUCACCACGUGUUUCUUUGAACAGCUGAGACGUUGAUGGUGUGAAAGAAAGGCAGCUGUCUGUGACCUCUUCGCCUUGCCACGGCAGCCUGAACGUCGCCCACACUAGUCAAAAAACAACCAUCAUUGGUUGGCAGUUGCUAUUGAAAUGAACCAUAUCAUUGGCAACAGUUUGAAUUGAAGCCUCAUUGGAGGUUGCGAAUUAUUGGUAACAUUAUGGUAGACCACUAUGUAUUGCUGUAUAUGGGGUGUAUAUUAUCAAUUGUCCAUAUGACUAUUUUUCUUUGCUGGUUGCUUUAGAGUCGAGCUAGCCGGCUGGGGAACAUAGGGUCAAGGCGGGGCUUCCAAAAUAUUUGGACCUUGUCAUUUUUUAAAGAAAAAACUUUAAAAAAAAAAUAAACAAUUAUAAAAAGUC